AGAAGUCAAAAAGCUACCAAAGGUCCCUCAAGGCAGUGGACCCGUUGCUGCAUCACUAGACAGGGCCCUGCAGGGGAUGCAAGUUAAGAGGCAGGCGUACCUUGGCAAGUCCUUUGUCGGGAACCAUGUCCACAAAUGCUUGAAGGAGGAGAACAUUGCCAUUAUUACAACAGCAAUCGUGGAAACAACAACCAAACUCUGCCCGUCCCUUAAAGAGGAAGCAGAAGAAGUUGCUGCAUCCUACAGGACUCUGCUGAAUCUUUAUGGCAGGUGCCACAGGGCCUUUAAUUUGAAGCAUUUCAUGACUGACGAAGACAUCUCCCAACUUGACCAUGACAUCAAAGCAUACCUCAUCUUUUUCCGGGAGAAAUGGCCAACUGAAACAAACCCCCUAAACUUCAUUUGACUGAAGACCAUAUAAUACCAUGGCUGAGGAGGUGGAGAGCACCAUUUGGGUUGAUGGGAGAGCAGGGAAUUGAGAGUCUACACUCUCAUCUCAAUACAAUUGAAUCCGAUCUUAGAGGAUUUAAUAAUUCCCUAGACAUACUCCUUCAUACUGUCAAAACUCACUGGGUCCACAGCAACCCUCGUUGUUAUGGGAAAGAAGAGAACAAGAGUUAGUUCUUCUUGUAUAUGAUAACA